GAUAACACGAGACAGACGCACUGAGCGGGCAACGGCUACCAAGUUCGGGACACUGUGCUCGAGCUGCAGGUGUCAGACGCGCGCAUUUAAGUGCUUUCCUUGUGAGCCAGAACUUGGUAAUGCGAUAAAUAAGCUAUACAAAUUAUUCUGCGGAGAGGAGCGGCGAAUUCCUUGAGGCAAUCUACGUCGCGGUCCUUUCAUUCGGAGUUAUCCGCUUACGAUCCAACAGGGAUAUAUUUUAGGCGAUUAUCAGAAAGAUGCCUCUGAUUGUGUUCAGGAGGAUAGGCAAGCUCUGAAGGCGUACCGCUUGCCAAGAUUUACACCAGCAAACAAAAAAGGGUGUUCUUUUCCCGUAAACCUCAAGGCACCAGGACAGCCGAGGCUGACUGACUCAAAGAAAGACCAAGCCACCUGACGAAAACACGCUCACACUUGCCUACAAUCGCUUAAAUUCAAUUCAGGGCAAUACAAACCCAGCACACACACACACACACACACACACACACACAAAACAAUGAUGACAGAAAACUCAAGUUCCAGGAUGGACACCCCGACAAACAUCUCGCUGAGUGCCGUGGACACUGUCUCUGAGUCGCUGCAGUAUAAGACGGUGUCCGUGUUCCUGGUGCUGCUGGUGUGCAGCCUGGGCAUCGUGGGAAACGUAAUGGUGGUCCUGGUGGUCCUCACCACUCGUCACAUGCGCACGCCCACCAACUGCUACCUGGUCAGCCUGGCAGUGGCCGACCUCAUCGUGCUGGUAGCCGCCGGCUUGCCCAACGUUUCUGACAGCUUGACGGGCACCUGGGUGUACGGGCACGCUGGCUGCCUGGGCAUCACCUACUUCCAGUACCUGGGCAUCAACGUGUCUUCCUGUUCCAUUACCGCCUUCACUAUUGAGAGGUACAUCGCAAUCUGUCACCCGAUGAGGGCUCAGACCGUUUGCACGGUUUCCCGGGCCAAGCGCAUCAUCGCAGGUGUGUGGGCGCUCACCUGCGUCUACUGCCUGCUCUGGUUCUUCCUGGUGGACAUCCAGGUGAACGCAGACCAGCGGGUGCAGUGCGGGUACAGGGUGUCCCGUGACCUCUACCUGCCCAUCUACCUCACCGACUUCGCCAUCUUCUACGUCCUGCCGCUACUGCUGGCCAUCGUGCUGUAUGCCCUCAUCGCCCGGAUCCUCUACCUGGGGCCCCUGCCUCAGCCCACCAAGAGCGAGGCUCACGCUGCCACCACGCUGCGUCGGAGCUGCAAGGAGCCGCCUGAGGGCGGAGCCAAAGGCCGCCACAGGAGCGCACUCUCCUCCAGGAAACAGGUAACAAAGAUGCUGGCAGUGGUGGUGGUCCUGUUUGCCCUGCUGUGGAUGCCUUACCGAACGCUGGUGUUGGUCAACUCCUUUGUUACCACGCCCUACUUGGACGCCUGGUUCUUGCUCUUCUGCAGGACCUGCAUCUACGCCAACAGUGCCAUCAACCCCGUGGUCUACAACCUGAUGUCCCAGCGUUUCCGCUCUGCUUUCCGUGACCUCUACCGCUGCCAGGGGGAGGCGGCUCGGCGACGGACCCUCUCCAUGGUAACCGCCGGCUACAGCACGGCCAGAGACCCCUCGACCGCUGGCAACGGGACCAAGACAAAGGUUGCCGCAGAGACCGAAAAGAAGGGCAAAGCAGUUUCCUUCGGAAAGGACAGAGUAGACGCGGAUACCUCCGAGAGAUGGAGGGAGAAGAGGGACACGGUCAGUGAUGCCCUGGAAGCAACACCCUGUUCCACAGAGACGAAGAACAACAAAAUGCAGCACAGCAUAGUGUAGAGGGUCACGCGAAGGAGCCCUUCCCUGUGUUUUUGACACAUCAAGGGAUGUGUUCCAAGGUGUUUUAACGACUGGUUUCAAUGAGACAACAAUAUUACAUUUGUAAUCGACACUGGAGGAACGCUGCUGGCAUUGAUAACCCAAUGAACUUGCUUUCAAAAUAGAAAAUGUUUUUACUUUUACCAUCGACCACCAUCAAAUGUCACAAGAAAACAAAUUAGUAAAUUCAACAAUGGAAGAUGACAAGUUAAUCUUUAAAACAAUCUUUAGGCCAGUUUUUAUUAUGCCAAAUGUACUUUAUAGCCUCUUAAUUCAUUGCCAUUCAAUGAUAAUUGCAAAAUAUCCAAAUCUAUCCAAGCUUGAUACUCGGGAGCUAGCUAGCUAGGGGCUAGAAGCAGCUAGUUCCUUACCUAGUCAACUAGCUACUGAAAAACACUUUUUUUCAUGGCAAAAGUUUAAAAUAACUUUUAAGAUUUUAAUGUUCGUGCAAUGAAAAAUGAUACACUAUUGCAUAAAAAAGCACUGUUGUACUGUUUAGUUGAAAAUAAUUCAAGACUAUAGUAUGAAUACUGCAGUAGACAUGAGCUUGAUUAACCAGUGUUUUUAUUUUUUUAUUUCAUUUUAUUUUUUUACAAAUUGAAAUGGGAUGCUUUAAAAAACAUCGGCAAAUAGACUGGUCAUCUGCAUAUAUACCAACCUGGAGUCUGAUUGGUUGGU